AUGCCGCCCGUGGCGGCACCCGCCGCCAUUCUGCCGCCAAUAGCGGCCCGCGCGUGCCAGCCCGCUCGUGCGAAGCAUUCAACGCGUGCCUGCAGAUUGCCGCAGCGCAGGCGGCCGCCACAGCGGCCGAGGGCGCUGCCCGCCGAGGCCCUCGACGCGCUGCCGACAGCUGCCACCCUGGCGGCCACCGCCUCGCUGCUGACGGCGCUGUGGCUGCGCCGGGCAGACGGCAGCGCAGCUGGGGCAGCAGCCGGCUCGGAGGCUGCAGGGGCUGCCGCGCAGGGGCAGUCGGAGAGCUCUGCGGCAGCCGCAGAAACGCCCACCAGCGUUGAGGGCAUCUGGGCGGCGGCAUGGCAGGCCUUUGCUCCCCCUCCUGCCCAGCAGCAGCACGGUGCAGCAGGGCAUGGAGCAGCAAACGACAGCGGCAUAGCAGCCGGUUCUGAGGCAGUUCUGCAGGCAGGCGAUGCUGCAGAGCAACCAGAGGAGCAGCAGGAGGGCGAGGAUGAGGCACUGGCUGCAGGAGACGGCGGCUUGCAGCGCACGCCUGUGCUGCUACUGCAGCGCAGCAAAACACCAUUGUCCGCCCCGUGUGAUGUGCCGCAGGGCAUACGCAGCGCCGACCGAAGCCGCCUGCUGGCCCUCUGCCUGGCAGCGCUGGAGGCGCAGGUGGCGGCGCUGCCAGCUGGCGCGGGGCUGCUGGCCGGCUCGGCAGCGCAGUGGCGCCAGCUCAGCACCGCGCUGCUGGCGCUCUCCAGCGUGGCUGCGGCGGCCGCCUGGCUGGGCUAUGUGCCCGAGCAGCUGCUGGAGGGAGCGGCCAGGAAGCUGAGGGCGGCAGACCCGGCGGUACUGCAGGCCGCCGGCCUGGCGGCGGCGGCAGCAGGAGUGCAGCAGCAGGCCGCCGCGGCUGCCAUGGCAGCGGCAGCAGACGGCGCCGCAAAGAGCAACGCCAGCAGCGCAGCUGGCGGUACUGGGACGGAUGAGGGCGGCGGCGGCGGGGAGGCCAGCGAUGGUACCACAGUAGAUUGGUACUGCCUGGGGGAGAAGCUGCAGCUGUACAGCAGCGUGCUGCGCCUGCUCACCUGCAGCUCCAUCGACCAGCAGCAGUGGGAGCAGCAGGGUGGUGUGGGAGGAGCGGCGGGGCUGGGGCUGCCGGCACCGGGGCAGGCAGCUGCCACAGCAGCAGACGGAGCAGGAGACAGAGGAGGAGAGGCAGCAGGCAGCACCAGCGGACCGUUCACGGGAGAGCCUCCAGGCGCAGGGGAGCAGCAGGCAGCUGGCCUGGCCGCAAGCAGCGGCGCCGGCGGGCUGGCCAGGAGCCAGGCGCUGCUGCUGCUGCGGCAGCAGCAGGAGCAGGGCGGCUCGCUCGGCAGCAUCAGGGGGUGGCGGGCCACAGCCGCGGGCACGCGCAGCGACUCCCAGCUUCUCGCCCUUGCGCCUGUGGUCCUGCAAGACAUGGCGGUGAUGGCUGCAGACGCUGUGGCUGCCGCCUACCUAGGCGACGCGUCCACGGCCGGCCCCACGCUGGCAGCCGCCGCAGCCGCCGCCGCGGUGGCGCCGCCUCCUCGCGGCGACGGUGGGGCGGACACAGGCGCGGGCGCCCCAGCUGGCGGCAUCCCGGCAGCGGAUCGCCAGCCGCAGCGGCAGCAGCAGCAGCAGGCUGCUGCACGGGGGCGGGGCAGCUGGUGGCGCCGCGGCACCCAAGCAGCCUCUGCAGCGGCUCCCAGCGGCGGCGGCGGCAGCCAAGCAGAGGCGUUGCAGCGAGCAGCAGCUGCCGCGGCCGGUGGCUCUGCUGCCACCGUGGGCCCUGCCGCCGCGGGGAGCCGUCUCGGCAGCCCCGACAGCCCGAGCAACGGCGCCGGUGGUGCCGGCAGCGGCGGCGGCAGCCCUCUCGAGUCCGGCUGGUGGCCCACCUUUGUGCACGCCCAGCUGGCCAGCACGCGCCAGCUGCAGCGCUUUGCCAACAGAGUGGCGCUCAACCGCUGGGUGGAGCGCAACUACCGAGGCGUGGCCGACAUUUACGAGGACCGGCUGCGCCUGUUUGGCAUCGCGCGCGGCGGGCGGGCGCUGGCGGCGCGCGCCGCGCCCAUGAAGCGCACCCCUGAGCUGGGGCGCCUCACGGGGCUGCGCUAUGCAGCCAGCCUGCUCCUGGAGGCUGUAGACCUGCUGGCGCCGCUGCUGCGCGCGCUGUGGUCGCGUGCCACGUCAGCGGCCAGCUGGCUGGUGGUGCGGGCGGUGGGCGAGGCGGUGGCGCUCUUCCGCCGAGGAAUCCAGCUGGGCGGCAAGGGUGCAGCACCCGGGGGCGCCUCGGGGCAGCAGGGCGAGCCGCGGCAGCGGCAGCAGUGGGAGGAGCAGGAGCCUUCGCAGCGGGCCGCCGCAGGCAGGGCCUUGCGGGCGCGGCGGCAGCAGCGAGGCGGCGGGGCACGGGGCCCUGGGGCUGGCACUGCUGCAUCUGGCUGGGCCUGGCAGCCAUAG